UCAUUAGAUUGCACCAAAAAUUAGUCUAGCCAAGAUGCAAGUUGUUGAUAUUGAGAAACAGACAUGUCACGCACAUAUCCAUAAACACACGCAGCAAACAGUGUGUGCAUGCGUGCUAUUACAACCUCUUCUGCUCCCAAAAGCGGCCAAACAUCCCAGCUGAAUGCGGAUUAGGGAUGAGCAUUAAAACUCACAUUGAGCCUCAUGUGCUUUCUACCCAUCCUGUCCUGCUCGCUGCAUUUCUGUCAGUCAGUCAAUCGGAGUGGACAAAGCGGUUGUCAACAUGAGCGUCUCUGGAAUCCAUCAAGGCACACUCAGGAUGUAUGCUGUGAGGCCAUUGUGGAGGGCAAGGAGAUCCUUGACCUUCCAAAGAUUCCUGCUGGCGGGAGCCGAGAUUGCUGCUUCGCUCUCAUCUUGACCCAAAAUAAAUACCUGCUCCUGAUGGCCGACACCCCUGCAGACUGCAGUCAAUGGCUGAACGUGCUGAAAAAAGUCAAACAAAGCGUCUCGUCACCUCUUAGUCUUUGCAAGCGGCAUCAGGUGCCGCCGCUCAAUAUUGCUCUGAAAGACCUGGUACCCGAUCAAAUCCAGGAUAAAGAUCCACCGACCCCACCGAUCAGCAAUGGCGAGGCACUUUCACCUGGGCCUCUGAUUGGCUCCCCAAAGGACAAAGGCAGGGAUUCUCCACGCACAAAGUACUACAAAGAAGGCAGGCCCUCGGUGGGCUGCCUGCGUCACGGCACCAUCAACAACACUCAGACGGUGAGGGCCGUCUACCUGCUGAUGGGAGGGGCCGCCGCGUCGUCUGCUAUGGGCUACUUAGGCUCGUGCUCACCCUCCGGCCUGGACGCCAAAGCUCCCGACCUGCCCCUCAGCGCAGACUUCUCAGAUGUGGGACCGGCAGGGGCGUACCACACGGACAGCCCCGCCAUCACCUCCCCACACUUUAACAGCUUUGACUUUGAAAUGGCAGACGCUGAUUUUAAUGCUUUUGAUUGUGGGGGGUUUACUUUUUGAUAGUCGCAAGAUUCCCCUUCUGUCCCACCGUGACAACAACCAGUGCAACACGCCAUGUGCUUUGUGCAUAACUACCCACACUGUGUAUGUUUAAAAAAAAUAUAUCUAUAACAUAAUCAGCACUGUAAGUGAUUGUAGAUUUUGGUAAAAUGUCAACUUAAGAUGUAUGUUUUGGAAAUCUACUAACCCUACCACUGAGUUAGUUAGACCUGAACUUAACCUAAUGCUAUAAAGUAAAAACCUCAUCAUCACACACUGUUAAUCCCUCAAAUGUGAACUUGUACAUUAAGUAAAACUAAUAUGUUGUUUAUACGUGCUACUUUGUCUUGUUCAGCAAACCAAACGUUCUUGCCGUAGCAGGCCUCUCAAAUAGGUAGCAACUAGCACCGGAUUUUGAGAAGUUCACCAAAAAAUGGUCAUAAACUAUUUGUGGUCUUUUUAGGAGACACAUGAACCCAAAUAGCUUGCAUUGACAAUCAGUUUAGUAAGUGCAAUCAAAUGUAAACAAAGUAAAACACAAGUAGCUUGUCUCAUUUCAUUUUGUCUCAGAGUGAAGAGUUGGAGACACCUGCUCUAUCCACACACAGACAGGCACAUAUCAUACAAUCUAAUGUAUUAUGGAGGAGACUUUGCAUUUUCACACAUAGAUUAAAGGUUUCACAAAUCAUAAACUUUGUUAAAUUGACUCAUUACACAAUGUGUAUUUAUAUUUGUGUUGCAUUGAUGUUUUUUUGUUCUUAUUUUGCACUAGUGACAAAAUUAAUCGAUGUGACAUUUCAAGUAAAGUAUCUGUUUGGUGUUGACUUUUUAUUGCCCACCCUUCGAAUCGGAAGCUAACGUCAGCCUUGUAAAAAUGACAAAAAUAAACAUGCAGUUGUUUGUA